AUGACCAUGAGAAUUUGGUUGCUGCUGACUACAUGGGCAAAAGUUCAAGAUUUUUAAGUGGACCUUAAGUGGAUGCUCCCCAGACCAUCUCAACAUAAGUAGAAAACAUGAAUCUUCAAAAUGAUGAGGCAACAUCUACAUCCAUAUUUGCCUGGAAUUAUCUUCUGUGGGAAGUUCGUUUGGCACUAGUGGCCUUUGGCUUCUUUUUCUACUUGGGAAUAUUUUGCUUUUCACAUUUUUGGUCUUCCUGGUUGAGCAGAACUUACCGCUCCUUGUCGGCGAAGGAGAAAGUCUUUUGGAACCUGGCUGCUACACGAGGCGUGUUCGGCAUUCAGAGCUGCGUGGCUGGCUUCUGGGCUUUACUCCUAGAUCCAGUUUUUCACGCUGACAAGGUUUAUUCCCAGCAGGACUGGAGUUGGUUCAGUUGCCUCAUAGCCUCCGGCUUCUUUCUGCUGGAAAAUGUAGCCGUUCACGUCUCUAAUUUUAUCUUUAAAACGUUUGAUUCAUUUGUAGUUGCUCACCAUUUUUUGGCCUUUGGUGGAUUUUUGGGUCUGAUAACCAACAUAAAAUCUGGACAUUACAUACCUUUGAUGGGGAUGCUACUUGAGAUGAGUACACCUUUCACUUGCGUAUCUUGGAUACUUCUAAAGGCUGGCCGGGCUAAUACUUUCCUUUGGAAGGCAAGUCAAUGGAUAAUGAUCCACAUGUUUCACUGCCGCAUGAUGCUUACCUACCAUAUGUGGUGGGUGUGUCUUUCCAAUUGGAAUGCUGUGAUGGAAAAUCUGGGACUCUUAUAUUUUACUGUGUUAUUAACAGGAUUGAGCGCUGUUACCUUCAUACUUAAUCCCUACUGGACAUACAAAAAGACUCUUCAACUUUCUUCGCCUGCUGACUGGAAUUUUAGUGGUACAGCAAUGAAAAAUGGUUCAUCUGUGAAAGUAAACGGAGAAGCAUUCCAGAAGAAAGGGCUCUGAAACUGACUUGGAUCUCUACGGGUAGCCGUAAAAUCUGGUCAGAAAUAAAUAAGAUAGACAGCUGGGAAUAUGAAGCUGUGUCUUAUCAAGGGAUCUAAAUUACUAGUUUCUAGUGAUGUUACCUAAUUGGGAAUAUUAUUAAUCUCAUUUAAUAAAUGUUGCAGGUGUGUCCUAAAUGUCGGGCAUUCUUAGUCACAUCUGGGAAUAUUCUAUAAACCAGCAAAGUGCAGGAAACAAACUGCCUCGUCUGUCCAUCUUUAGAACCUUUAUUGCUGCUUCCAGGACUUGCUAUUUUGAACGUGUCAGCUCUAGGACAGAUUACAGUCUAGAAAGGAUUCUGGGUCUUGUCUCAAAGAAUGUCCAAGAAAUGGGGGUUUCUUUCCCAUUGGAUUGAUCAAUCUAAAAUUGCACUUAUUCCUUUUCAUUUAUAUAUGAAUCAGUUUCUAUGUAAAGUUUGCUACCUUAUCUAAUGAAUGCCAAAUACCAAUCCAGUUUAGUAUCUCUUAUGAGAAGGGAGGGGUAACAUUACAUUUCCCCCUAGAAAAGCACCAAAAUGUUUAGCACCAAUGCUAGAACAUUAUGAAAUAUAGUUUAAAUUUGAAGAGUAAUUGGAGAUGGAAAAUAUGGUCAUAACUUGGGUUUAACAUUUUUGAAAAAACGUUGCUCUUUGACAUGCAAUAUUACAUAGUGGCUAGUAGAAAAGCCUGUAUACCUUAAAGAUAAUAAUCCAAUAAGUAACACAUUCAAUUUUUGAUAUGGCACCUUAGGAAAGCUGCUGUUCUGCAGUUUCAUUAGGAGAGAUUGAAGGUGAUUGAGCUCCCAGCUUUUUGCAUCCCCACCUUUUAGACAGGAAAAUUAUAAAAUUCUAUUAAGUUCUGUUCUAUCUGUUAAUCCCUAAAAUCCAAAAAUCAACGUAUAAAUCUUAAAAUGUAUUUAUUCCACUACUUAAUUACUGUAUAACAAUUGCUGAAACUAAACCUUAACCUAAUACUGUAUUUCAAUGGAAAGCUGUUGAACACUGCCAUCUAAUGGCAGCUGUGACAUACUAGUACCUAUCUUAUUUUAAACAAACAUGCUAUAAAAUUAUCUGGAAUAUACAACUAUUCUAAAAGAUAAAGCAUUGAGUUUGGUAUAUAUUCUUUUAGUAUAGGUAAUAUAGAACGCAUGAUAAUCUGAGAUUAAUGCUGUUAUAUUCAAGCUCAGUACGGAAAUAUGUACAUGAAAUACCGAGGUGGCGCAGUGGUUAAAUGCAGCACUGCAGGCUACUUCAGCUGACAGCAGUUCAGCUGUUCAAAUCUCAC